GAAUUAGAACAAACCUUUAGAAAAUUAAUCUAUUUCAUUGGUCCACCGCGUAAUUACGGUCCAACCGAUGAAGAGAUUGAAACACAACGAUUAAAUGAAGAGAAGCAGCGUAUCGAGUUUGAAAGAAUCGCUGAAGAACAAUUUAAGCAAAAAGUUCAGUUAGCAGAAGCAGCACGUAGUCAAAGAAUUAAAGAAUGG